AUAAGGAUAAGUGAACUUUGUGCAGUUUUUUUGGAUGACCCAUUACAGAGAUCUAUUUAUUGCAGAAGUAGCAGAAGUCUCUUUCGAUUCAGUUGUGAUAAUUCAAUUCAUCAAAAAUCAUUUGAAGUUUCAGUCAAUCAACAGCAGUUCAUUGGAAAAAUAAUAUCGGUUUUCUAUUUAAUUUAUUGGAAGGGGCUAUAUUUGAGGAUGGGCGAUGGCCCAGCAUUUGGGAUACUUUCUCGCAUUUACCUGGGAUGAUUGAUGAUGAUAGCAAUGGGGAUAUUGCCAUUGAUCAAUACCAUCUUUACCAAGGAGAUAUAGAGAUGAUGGCAGAAAUUGGAAUGGAUGUCUACCGGUUUUCAAUUUCUUGGCCUCGUUUGAUUCCAGAAGGAAGAGGGCCUGUCAAUUUUGGAGGAGUAAAAUAUUAUAACAAUCUGAUCGAUGGCCUUCUAAAACAUGGGAUUGAACCGUUUGUGACCCUAAACCACUUUGAUCUUCCACAAGUACUCGAAGAUGAAUAUGGAGGGUGGUUAGACUCACAGAUUGUCAAGGAUUUUGCAGAUUAUGCAGAGACAUGUUUUGAGCUAUUUGGAGACCGUGUAAAGUAUUGGGUAACAAUAAAUGAGCCAAAUUUACAAGGUCUUACAGGUUAUGAUAUUGGCAAGAAUGCUCCUGGAAGGUGCUCUGCUCCUUUUGGAAAUUGCAGUGCAGGAAAUUCCACCACAGAACCUUACAUUGCUGUCCAUCACAAAAUUCUUUCUCAUGCAGCAGCUGUGCAACGGUUUAGGAAGUUUAAGAGCUUCUGGCAGGCCACUCGAAAUCUCAAUUCCUCCAUCGGUCUUACACUGCUAGCAGAGUGGUAUGAACCACUUACAAACAGUUCACAAGACUUAAAGGCAGCUGCAAGGAUUGCCGACUUCACUAUUGGGUGGAUAUUAAAUCCAAUAUUCCAUGGAGAUUAUCCUGCCUCUAUGCGCAGUAGAGUUGGUUCUCGGCUUCCCAUUUUUACAGAGGAAGAGAUUAGGGCUGUGAAGGGGUCUCUGGAUUUUGUGGGUAUUAAUCAUUACUCUACAAACUAUGUGGCAGAUGAUCCUCCCUCAUCGAAUUUAACAGAUUACUUGGAAGAUAUGGCAAUAAAUAUGACAGGUGUAAGAGAUGGAGUUCCCAUUGGUGAACUGACUGCUUAUCAAACUUCAGUUAUAAGCUUCUAUAUUGUUCCAAGAGGCAUCAAGUUGGUCGUUGAAUAUAUUAAAAACCAAUAUCAGAACCCUCCAAUAUACAUCACAGAGAAUGGAAUGGCUGACAAGAACAUGUACUCUUCUAUUCCUUUGGAGGAUGCACUUAAUGAUACAACUCGGAUCAGUUUUCAUAAAGAAUAUCUUUCAUGUCUAUUGCAAGCUAUCGAAGAAGGGGCAGAUGUAAGAGGGUAUCUGGUGUGGAGUAUAGCUGACAAUUUUGAACUUUCGUUUGGAUAUAGUCUUCGUUUUGGGAUCUUGUAUGUGGAUUACUCAGAUCCUCAUCUAAAAAGAUAUAAGAAACGGUCAGCCUUUUGGUUUAAGCAAUUCCUGGCUGAUGAAGAUGAUAAUGAUUUGAUCCAAGUUUAUAAAUAAAUUACGAUUGGGAUGCAUAACAAGUCCAUGCUAAAGUGAUGCAAUCUUGGCAAUCUUGCAUCAACCAAAAAAAAAAAAAGUUUCUUUUCAGUUUGUUCAUGUUUUGCAGUUCAACAUUUCAUUCUGUGUUUCUUUGCAUUUGCUCACCGGAUCGUGUAGAUCCUUUUCGUAGCAUGAGGAGCCUCAAUUCGUUGUUUCCAACGUUCUUUGGCAUGUGGCUGACCUUCCCUUAGGUCCCCACUUCAUCCUUUGAAUUUGCCGGAGGAUUCUCUUUGGCGGAGGUUGACCUGGUUGUUUAACAUGUUUCAUCUUCUUCAUUGUCAUUUGGUUCUUCUUGGCCUGACAUGGAUUCCUCUUGAUUAUAUCAAUCGAUGUAAUUAAACUUGUAGAAAUUAGUAGUUAGGACAUAGAAGAUAGAUCUUUAGGUUAAGAGGUCCAGAGUUGACCAAUACUAUAUUCGAGCAUGUUGUAACCAGGCUUGUGAGCUGAAAUCUGUAAGCCCGCAUGUUGUCGGUAGAUUGCAAUUGAUUUUCAAGAUAUAAUCUAGUCUGUUCAGCAUUACCUCCA